UGCACUGAGCUUAUUUCCCGGUGUGUGGCGAGGAGAGACGCUCCACAAACAAGCAAACAGGGGGCCCAGGGGCCCCGGGCAGGAGAGGAGAAAGGGGCGCAGCAGGAGAGCUUGGAACAGUGGCGGCAGGUGGAGAGAAGUCAAGGGCGUGCAGAGAACCGAGAAUACUCCGCCUCCCCCAGCCCCGCCACCGCCCCCUGCCCCCCAACGCCGACACCUGCCGGAGGUGGGCUGGGGGGUCCUUGGAUAAAUGCGGAGCAAACACCUCGGAUUGCGGGGUCUGCGGGGGAAAGUGGGGCUGAGAAAUCUUCCCUCCGGGAAGCAUCCUUGUCCUGACCUGAGAAACCCCUUCCUGGGGGCGGGCGCUCCGCUCCCCCCUUCUCCCCCCACGCCCUCUCCCCGUCUAGUCGCCUCCCCCUUCCCUCCGCCCGCCUCUCCUCCUCGGGCAUAAAAGCUGGAGCCUCUCGGAAGCUGGGACCCAGACCGGCCGACGCGGGAGAGCUGGCGAGGUCUGACCGCUCAGCGAGCGUUCCGCAGCGCCCAGCCCUCCGGCCCUGAGAUGCCUCCGUCGGUCCGUCUGCUCCUUCUUGCCGUCCUCCUCAGCCUGGCCGAGACUCCGGCCUCUGCCCCCGUCCACGGGGGGCGAGGAGGCUGGACCCUCAACAGUGCUGGCUACCUCCUGGGUCCCGUGCUCCCCCCUCCCCCGAGGGCUGACAGAGGCCGGAAGGAGAAGACGACCCUGGGGAUCCUAGACCUGUGGAGAGCCAUUGACGGCCUCCCCUAUUCCCAGUCUCUGCUGGCCUCCAGGAGUCUGGGGGAGACUGUCGCCAAAGCAGAGACCGGAGAUCCAGGCGUGCUCAGCAAGAAAGUCCUCAAGGAGGCAGACACCCUGGGUUCCUAGAUGUCCCCAGACUUCUGCUCCAAACCUUUGCCCCUCUGGCUACUUCUGAAACCCUGCAUCGUCACCCUCUACUGAGACCAAGAUCCUGAAAUUAAAAUCUG